GCUGUGCCUAUAAAUUCCCCAUGCUUUCUUUUCCAUUCUUAUUUCUCAUUUUCCAGGAAAAUUUUGCUUAAUUUUCUCACUUCCUUCCCAUAAAUAUAUCUCCUACCAAAUCAGUCGCUACACUAAAACACUCCUCACCCCCUCUUUUAUACACAAAUUUAUUUGCUUCGCUCUUCGAGCAGCCAUUUCCAUCGAAUUCACUCGUCGUGAACAUAAUCCUUAAAAACCACACAAAACUUCUCCUUAUAAUCUUUCUAGUUUCUCUUUUCAAAAUAUACAUACAUAUAUAUAUAUAUAUGGAUUCACACGAAUUCGAUCAUGUCAAAGCUGAAAAAGCCAUUGCUAUGAGAAGGUACCGACUCCGAAGAAAAUUGAAGUGGCUUUUCGAGGCUUGCGCUGCACUCUUCUUCCUCACUUGCUCCACCACAUGGCUUCCGAUUGCCACGGAAUUCUGUGCCGGUUUUUCCCGCCAGUUGAUCGCCGUCUUCAAGAGCCACCUUUUCGUCUUUGUGCUCUUCAACUUGAUCAUCUUCCUCAUCUACGCUCUGUCCGCCCAAGUCCCCACCGAAAAACACCUCUCCGGAUCCGGAUCCGGACCCGAUUUGUACGACGAGUUCGUCAGCAACAGCAUGUCCAGCCGUAGGAUUUCCACUGGCAGCGAAUCUCCGGCCCCGGCUCCGGCACCCGAAGUUGUCUUCGAAGACAAACAAAUCAUUUGCUCCGAGAAUGUGGCUUCCCCACCAUCUCAAAACAACCGAGACGUCGCGAAACCAAAAGGCUCGGCUUCUCAAGUUCGAACGAAAAGUGCUGUUUGUACGGACACAGGGAAGGCUUUGGUGGUGAAGUGUUACCGGAGGACUAAAUCGGAGAAUUUCAACCUAGAGAAGGUCGAGAAGCCGCAGCGGCGAGAGUUCCAGCGAUCGGAUACGGAGAUAGAGCCCGGGAGGAGAUCGAGCUCCGUGGACGACCAAAUGAGCAAUGACGAGUUUAACCACGCUAUUGAGACUUUCAUUGCUACUGUAAAGUCGAUUCAGAGGAAAGAAUACAAAGAAGAACAAAAAACACAAGGAGGAGACCUGCCUCUCACUCUCUCUGUCAGUAACUCCGUCUGAAAAAAAAAAAAAUUAUAUAUAUAUAUAUAUAUAUAUUAAAGGGAAAAAAAAUCUACGGAAAGUAAAUACGAGGCUUUUGUGUCCUUGUAAUAAUUUGGAGUGGAAAUUAAGAGGUUCUUCUAUGGGUAUAUGAGGAAGUAAAAUUAAACUCAACGUCCAUGUUCUUUUUUUUUUUCGUGUGAAAUAUCAUUGUACAGUUUCUCUCCACCGUUUAUUAGAAUGCAUGUAUCAGAAAUUUUAAUGGAAUUUGAUCGAUGCAUUUUACGUUUU